AUGUCCAAGUCCAAACGCACCAGAUCCGGUGGUGAUGAACCGCCCCAAAAGCGGCACUGCAAGAUUGAUCUUCAAGGGAAUCAGGCAGUACCAUUGGCACUGCAUGACAACAAUGCAUGGGAGAUUCUUCGACGGUUCCUCACUACGUCUAUGUCAUUAUCCGAGAUGGACGAUGCUCUUGUAGCAUACCUCAGCAAUCAAUACUCAGCAGAUAACUGGGAGGAACCCCAACGUCUGUUGUUCUCUGGUGACGCAGAUGAUGCAGCGUCCUUAAGAAACUUGACAAUAUUGUGGAAAAGGCAUAUACUAGAUCCAGCAGAAAACUCUUCUGUUGGCAUGCCUGCAUCAAGAACGGACAGUGCCUUGUCAAGAUCAUGCGUCCAAAAAUCACAUAUGAUAUCUAAAGCUGCAUGCAAGUUUAUUGCCAAUCAGGCCGAAGAGAAUGACGAAGAUGAGGAUAGUGACAGGCGGACCGUCAGCCAAAGAGAGGUUGCUGCAGCCUUCGACAACAUGGCUUCUAGGUUCGAAGACAAUUCCUCAAUCUCCUCUCAAGAUCGCCAGGAUCAUCCUAUCUACGGAGCCCUUCAACAUGGCAGGAUGUAUCUGCUGCAUGUUCAAAGAACUACCACAGAAUAUAUCGCUGAACACCUUCGAAAGAAGGGAUUUGCCGUUACCAUUUCAGCUUGGCUUGCUGGCCAGCUUUACAUGGUGGCGGAUAGCCCCAAAACAAUCGCAGAAUCUCUGCCCUCCUCACUUCAUCUAGCCGUGAAAGAUUAUACUCGCAUCGCGGAGGAGGAACGUGAAGCAGUCGAACGCACACAAUUUGAGCUUCCCAACCCAGCGUGGUUGAGGAUCAAGAGCGGCGAGUACAGGGGCAAUGUGGCACAAGUGUUCGAGCAUUUACCAAAUAGUGUCGUUGCGGUACUUGUUGUUGCACGCCGCUUCCCCUAUUCCAUGCCUCGGGGAUCUCAAGCGCUGAUUGAGUGGUCCUGCCUCCCGAAUAACACGACAGUUUCCGACAUCAUUCAGGAUGAUGAAGUAGUCAGAUGGAAAUAUAAGGGCGAGAGCUACUACAUGGGUCUCCUUUUAAAAACCUUUCACUGUGAUCGACUAGAACAUAUCGCAUCACCUCACGCUGACAACAUUCGGCUCCACCUGGACUCUGGAUGGAACAAACCCUUCAUCCAAGCAACUCUGGCCGCAUAUUCAUUGCAGUUCCUGCGCAUAGGAGAUUGGGCCAGGGUUGUCAAGGGCUCUCUUCAUGGUGAGCUUGGUCAGGUGACAUCGACUGACCAUACUCUUGGGACCCUGAGUUUGCAAUCCGCCUUGGAUGAACGUUCGAAAGAGAUGACAGUUCGUCUUCAGGACGUAGAACGUGUCUUUCAAGUCGGAGAUACUGUAAGAGUGGUGGCCGGUUCCUACUUGGGUUUGCAAGGACACAUCAUCGAAAUGCACGGGGACACAUUUCAAGUUUGUCAAGAUACUACAAACGAACAGGUAAUUUUUUUGUGCAAUUUAAUAUUUGACGGUCUAAGUCUUGGCAUGUAUAGGUCGAAGUGUCAAGAUACUACUUAG